AUGUACUCAUUCUUUCACCUGCAGGUUGGCACUUGGUCAAUGAGUAGUAAUUGGGGACGAAAGAGAUCUCGACUCUUGAUCGACGGAGUCACUUGGCCUGGAGGUGCCAAUUCCCCUCCAAAGGGCCGAGCUAGCCGAAUCAAGGCCGUUAUGUUACAGGAGCAGCCCAUGCUCAUUUAUGGCAACCUCCAGGCACGUUCCCAAGCAUGA